AUGAAAGAAGGAAUAAAUGGUUCGGAACGUAUUACUUCACAACCAUGCUUACCUAAUGUAGCAUCAGAAAUUGAAAUGAAAAUGUUAAUUAAUGAUAAAUCAUAUUCACGAUUAAAUACUAAUGAUAAUCAAGAUUACAUUGAGAUACGGUCUUGUCAUGUUGAUGAACGAUUAAAUUGGACAAUGCUUGAACAAGGUAUGGUAUUAUGUGCGCAAAAUAUUGGUUCCCUUUUUAUGCUAAUAAUUGGUCCACAAGCGGAUCGUUUAAAUGGCAAAUGGACAGUUGCUGUCGCGCUAUUUGUCACCAUUAUUAGUAAUAUGAUGUUACCAAUUUUUGCUGCAAAACAUUUCAUUUUUGCAAUUAUUGCACGAAUUCUUUGUGGUAUAGCUGAUGCUUUUCUUACACCAUCUAUUAGUUCAAUGAUUGUCCGAUGGUUUCCACCAAAGGAGCGGUCAUUUGCUAUUGGAUUUAUUACUGGUGGUCGACAAAUUGGAAGUUUGCUAAUUUUACCAAUAUCCGGAUGGGUUUGUCUGAAAAAGGAUACAUUUGGUAGUUGGAAAUUUACAUUUUAUAUAUCAGCAAUAAUUGCUACACUUAUGCUAUUUGUUUGGCUAAUUAUGUCAGCUGAUAAGCCAUCAAAGCAUUAUUGUGUGAAAAAAGAGGAAAAGAUGUAUAUUUUAAGGAAAAUUAGUGAGGAAUCAUUAGGAAAGAGGAAAGAACGAAGAAAUACGCCAUGGAAACAAUUAUUAAUAUCUCGUCCAUUUAUUGCUGGAAUAUUAGCUGUUGUUUGUCAAGAAUAUCCGCUUGUUAUUACUACAACACUACUACCAAUUUAUAUGAAAGAAGUACUUCAUCUAUCGGAUGUUCGUAGUACAUUAUAUUCGGCAUUACCGUUAUUAGCAUUAUGGAUGAGUAAAAAUCUUUCAUCAUCAUUAUCAUCCUAUUUGAGUGCUCGAAAAAAAGGAUGUCGUCUAGUUGAUAGGACAAUUCUUGUCAAAUCAUUUAAUGGUAUCGGUUCAGCUGGUCUUGCUAUUGGUCUUUUUAUGAUACCAUUACUAACACAUAGUGUUCCAGCUUUGAUCGUUGUUUGUGCUGCAAAUGCAUUUGCUGGCUUACAUACUCCUGGUGUAUUUACUGCAUUGUUACAAAUUGGUCCAGCAUAUACAGGUUCGAUCACUGGCAUUGCUUUUUCUGCUGGUCAUAUUGCUAACAUUGUGAAUAAACUUACAAAUGGAUUAAUUCUACAUUCAUGGUCCGGUUCUGCUGGUCAAUGGAAACUUCUUUAUACGAUAUCAGCAAUUGUUGCUUUCUUACCGGUGAUAUUUUUCACGCUUUGGGGUUCCGCUGAUUUACAACCAUGGGCAAUUCCGAAAUUGAAGAAAUCAUCCGGAUCAGGAAAAAAAGAUGGUAACAUUGAUAGUAAGGAUUCAGAAAUGAUAUCUUCAGCAACAUAUCUUGCUGAAACACUUCCAACAUCUGUUUAG